AUAUUGGUAUCAACUUGACAGAUCCUAUGUUCAGAGGAAUUUAUAGGGGAGUUCAGAAGCAUCAAGAUGACUUACAAGAUGUAAUAGAGAGAGCUGUCCGGAUUGGUGUUAAAAAGAUUUUUUAUUUAUUUAUUUGACAGAGACACAGCGAGAGAGGGAACACAAGCAGGGAGAGUUGGAGAGGAGAAGCAGGCUUCCUACGGAGCAGGGAGCCCGAUGUGGGGCUGGAUCCCAGGACCCGGGGAUCACGACCUGAGCCGAAGGCAGACGCUUAACGACUGAGCCACCCAGGCGCCUCAGAUUAAAAGAACUCUAAAUUUAGAAGUCUUUAUUUUUUAUUUAUUUAUUUAUUUUUUAGAAGUCUUUAGUUAUUUGGUCUUUCAUAAUGUGAUCUCUGUGCUUAAGGAGCUCUUGAUCUAACAGGAAAAACAGACAUGUGAAUACAUUUUAAUGGGAAGGCGUGACAAAUUCUGUGUUGUAUGUAUGCUUGUAUGGAGAGGGGUAGUCAGGGACCACUCUAAAUAGGUGAUGACCUUUCAGCCAAAUUUUAAAGGAAGGGUAAGUGUGUGACAGUCAAAGAGAGAAAAGCAUUCUGGAAAAAAAGCAGCAGGAAGGCAUGUUUGGGAAACUGUUGCUGAUGCUCUAUUCAAGUAGGCUUAUUUCUUUCUAUUUCAGUUUAUGAUUACAGGUGGAAAUCUGCAGGACAGUAAAGAGGCACUGCAUUUGGCACAAACAAAUGAUAUGUUUUUCAGUACAGUUGGAUGUCAUCCUACAAGAUGUGAUGAAUUUGAAAAGAAUGAUCCUGAUCUUUACUUAACGGAGUUGUUAAAUCUUGCUGAAAACAAUAAGGGGAAAGUUGUAGCAGUAGGGGAGUGUGGACUGGAUUUCGACCGACUACAGUUCUGUCCCAAAGAUACUCAGCUCAAAUAUUUUGAAAAACAGUUUGAACUGGCAGAACAAACAAAAUUACCAAUGUUUCUUCACUGUAGGAACUCACAUGCUGAAUUUUUGGACAUAAUGAAAAGAAACAGAGACCGGUGUGUGGGGGGAGUGGUGCAUUCAUUUGAUGGUACGAAGGAAGCAGCAGCUGCCUUGACUGACUUGGGUCUCUACAUAGGAUUUAAUGGCUGCUCACUGAAAACUGAGGCUAAUUUGGAAGUUCUGAAGUCAAUACCUAGUGAAAAACUAAUGAUUGAAACUGACGCACCUUGGUGUGGAGUGAAAAGUACACAUGCUGGAUCAAAAUACAUAAAAACUUCAUUUCCUACCAAAAAGAAGUGGGAAAAUGGGCACUGCGUAAAAGACAGGAAUGAGCCCUGCCAUAUAAUUCAAAUACUGGAGAUAAUGUCAGCAGUGAGAGAGCAGGAUCCAUUGGAAUUAGCCAAUACACUAUAUAACAACACCAUUAAAAUAUUUUUUUCCUGAUGGUAUGUUCUUUCCAUUUCCCAUCAUUUAUGUAAAAUUUCAUGGUAAAACUUACUGAAAGAUUGAAUAAAGGAAUUCUCUGGAA